AUGAUUAUUAGGGCUCUAGUCGUAAUAUGUGUCAUUAUUGGAGCGUUGGCGCACCAGCCUCAGCAAUUCCCUGGAUCAAAUCAGCCUGGACAACAACAACCACCUGUUCCAAAUCAACAAGGAGCUCAAGCACAACAGUUUGGUGGUGAACAAGCCAAGGAUGAACACCAUAUUAAAGAGCAUUUGGAUGGAAAAGUGGAUCCUACUGCCAAUAUGACCCCAGAACAGCUUCAGUUCCACUAUUUCAACAUGCAUGACUUGGAUAAAAAUGGAAAAUUGGACGGUGUUGAGCUUAUUAAAGCUAUUACGCAUUUUCAUUCAGAAAACCCUGGACCUCAACACCAAGCAAAUGGUCAUCAAGCUCCACCUCUUCCUACUGAGGUUGAACUUGAAACUAUGAUUGACAGUAUUCUCAGAGAUGAUGACUUCAAUUCGGAUGGUUUCAUUGAUUACGCAGAAUUUUUGAAAGCUCAAAAAAUUCGCGAAGACCAAGCGCGAUCGCAUCAGGAGCACAUGGCUAAAGCUGGAACCGAAGGAGCCAUUCAUCAGUUCGCCGAUGAGAAGGAGGUUCACAAUGAAGAGCACAUCAAAAUGCACCUUGAGAACAAAAUCGAAGUUGAAAAGUUGACUGAAGACCAACAGCGAUUCCACUACUUCUCGCUGCACGACUUGAACAAAGACAAUUUGAUCGAUGGAAUCGAGAUUCUGAAAGCUUUGAUGCAUGAUCACGAGAAUGAUCAGGGACCUGGGCAUCCAGUUAGCGAUGAGGUGGAAACCGAGCGGCUCGUUGAUUCCGUAUUGGAUGAUCUUGACAAAAAUGGAGACGGGUUUAUCGACUACGCCGAAUAUAAUAGAAAUCGAAAGAUUUAA